UCGGGCGGCGGUUUGAGUAGUUUGUGUCCCUUGAAUAAAAAAAGCCCAUCCCAUUGGCCAUAUACAAACACUUUCUGCUCUCCAACUCCAAGUAUUUGACGACUCCGCCCACUUUCAACUUAUCAGAUCUGCUCGCUUCAUCUCUCCAUCUCUUGCUUCUCUUGCUCUUGAAAAAUGGUGAACUCAUGGAAACUGGCGGAUCAUCCAAAGCUACCAAAGGGAAAGGUAGUGGCUAUGGUGGUGUUGGAUGGAUGGGGUGAAGCUCAUGACAAUCAGUACAACUGUAUCUCUGUUGCUGAAACUCCCACUAUGGAUUCCCUUAAGAAUGGCGCCCCUGAUCGAUGGAGAUUGGUGAGGGCUCACGGAACUGCAGUGGGGCUUCCCACAGAAGAUGACAUGGGUAACAGUGAAGUGGGUCAUAAUGCUCUUGGUGCUGGAAGGAUUUUUGCUCAAGGAGCAAAACUUUGUGACAUUGCUCUAGAGUCUGGGAAAAUAUAUAAUGGAGAAGGUUUCAAUUACAUCAAGGAAUCUUUCGAAACGGGCACAUUGCAUCUUAUUGGCUUGUUGAGUGAUGGUGGUGUACACUCUAGAAUUGACCAAGUGCUGUUGUUGGUUAAAGGUGCCAGCGAACGAGGUGCCAAAAGGAUUCGUGUUCAUGCUCUUACUGAUGGCCGUGAUGUUUUGGAUGGCUCAAGUGUAGCUUUUGUCGAAACUCUUCAAAAUUAUCUCGCAGAAUUACGUGAGCAAGGUAUUGAUGCACAGAUUGCAUCAGGUGGCGGGCGUAUGUAUGUUACAAUGGACCGAUAUGAGAAUGACUGGGAUGUUGUCAAACGAGGAUGGGAUGCACAAGUCCUAGGUGAAGCACCAUACAAGUUUAAAAGUGCUCUUGAAGCUGUCAAGACCCUAAGGGCAGAACCCAAGGCUAAUGAUCAGUACUUGCCUCCAUUCGUUAUUGUUGAUGAAAGUGGCAAGGCUGUUGGGCCUAUUGUUGAUGGAGAUGCAGUUGUGACUUUCAACUUUAGAGCAGAUCGUAUGGUGAUGGCUGCCAAGGCCUUUGAAUACGAGGACUUUGACAAAUUUGACAGAGUCCGAGUUCCCAAAAUCCGUUAUGCCGGUAUGCUUCAAUAUGAUGGGGAAUUGAAGCUUCCUAGUCACUACCUUGUUUCACCUCCAGAGAUAGACAGAACAUCUGGCGAAUACCUGACACAUAACGGUGUGCGUACUUUUGCAUGCAGUGAAACUGUUAAAUUUGGCCAUGUGACCUUUUUCUGGAAUGGAAACCGCUCUGGAUAUUUUGAUGCAGAGAUGGAAGAAUAUGUUGAAGUUCCUAGUGACAGCGGAAUUACAUUCAAUGUUCAACCAAAGAUGAAAGCGCUGGAGAUUGCUGAGAAAGCUAGGGAUGCUAUUCUUAGUGGUAAAUUCCACCAGGUACGUGUUAACCUCCCAAACAGCGACAUGGUUGGGCAUACCGGUGAUAUUGCUGCUACAGUCGUGGCUUGCAAAGCUGCUGAUGAGGCUGUCAAGAUGAUCCUUGAUACAAUUGAGCAAGUAGGCGGUAUAUAUGUUGUAACCGCAGAUCAUGGAAAUGCUGAAGACAUGGUUAAGAGAAACAAGAAGGGAGAGCCGGCUUUGGACAAAGAUGGCAAUAUUCAAAUACUUACUUCCCACACUCUUGAACCAGUACCGAUUGCAAUUGGUGGUCCUGGGCUGUUACCUGGUGUCAGAUACCGCAAAGAUGUCCCUAAUGGAGGGCUAGCCAAUGUGGCUGCAACUGUGAUGAAUCUACAUGGGUUUGUCGCUCCUGAUGAUUAUGAGACAACCCUUAUUGAGGUUGUUGAUUAGUUCAGCUUCAAGUAAUCUGAGCUGUUUCAGUAGGUGUCUUAAAUGGCAUCACAUGGUUGUAUCCCAUAUUUAUUUUGGGUUCCGAUAUUUCUAAAUAAACCAAAAACCUGAUACUUUUAAAAUUAUGAGGAAUCACUAAGAAACGUGAAGCAUAUGUAGUUUCAGUAUAUUUGCAACUGCUGCAAAAUUUCAAUUUUGGUACAUUUACACAAUGAAAUGGUUGAGAACUUCAGAGUUAUGAUAUCAUGUUUUACAA